UUGCCCAGCCGCCCAGGUAUUAUGUAUAAUGCCCAUGGUGGAGUAGGAAAUAUGAUAAAAAUAAACAAAAUUGAGUAUCGCCCAAUACCGGCGACUUUACUUACAAGUUAUAGUUUAUCGUGAAUGCACUUACCGUGUCCGCGUGUGUACGAUUUGGUGCAAUGAAGAUUGAAAUUCUGAAGUUCUGAAGCAGUGAUACGCCAGAAGUCAGUUCACUAUAUUAUGUCAAAAAAGCUUGCAAAUUUACAAUGUUCCAACUGCAGGCACAAAAGUAUAAAAAAACAGUCGCAAAGGAACAGUCGACAGGAACUAGCCAAUGAUUUUUAAAAUGUGUUUGUAUGAUCAAGUAUCAAAAUAAAAAAGGACACCCGCAGCACGACCUCCGCCCGACGAAAUGUGUACGAAAACAUGGCGAAAACUGCUUCACGCGUUUAAGAACCACUCGGGAGCAACCAAAUUUUCACGCCACAAAGAGGAGAACAUCAACCGCGCAGCGUUGUUUGCGAUUUCUCAAAACCAAAAAAACGGCCAUUCGGGUAGGAAAAACUCGAAAAGAAUAAACCGACGAAAACCGUUUUUCUUUUCGCGGUCUGGAGAGAUCAAAAACAACGUCGCGCGGCCAAUGUUCUCCCCUUUUCAGCGUGAAAAUUUGGUUAGGCCCGUGCGACGCGAAACACUUUUUGGUAUUUUACACACGUAUUGCGAGACGACUACAGCCACCCCGGAAAGAUCAUUUUCAACCUUAAAAAGAUUGAAAACUUAUCCGAGAUCGACAACGAAUGAAGAUAGGCUAAAUGGACUGGCAUUGAUGUCUGUUCAUCGGGACAUACCCAUCGACGUGGAUGCAAUUUUUGAUGAAAUGGCCCUUACCCCUAGGAAAUUAGAUUUUGUUUUGUGAUCAUGAUGUUUUAUCACAAUAGUCUAUAAGUUCUUAUAUGUUUUUUUUUUAUACCACUUAAAAUAUAAAUUUUAAAUUGUUGUAAUCCCGAAAAACUGACUAAGUGUGUCAGCAAUUUAUUCGUCGACUAGUAAACUGCUUACAUAAUUUGUUUGU